CGCAAUAAUGUCAAUCUGCCGGCUGCAAUCUUGUGCAUCGACCAUUUUUUCCACCUCGAUUCGUUUGUUCAGUUCCGCGGUCACCAAAAGCAUGGAAAAGCACGAAGUUGUCCCGGACGUUGUACCGGUUGCGCCGGCCCAAGUGGCCAAGGUAACCUAUCCCAGCGGGGCGGUCGUUAGCGAGGGCAACGUACUGACACCGACGCAGGUAAAGGACGUCCCGUCGGUGGAGUGGAAUGCGGAAAGUGGUUCCAUGUACACGCUCUGCAUGACCGACCCGGAUGCGCCCAGCCGCAAGGAACCGACGUACCGCGAAUGGCACCACUGGCUGGUCGGAAACAUCCCCGGAAGUGACGUCGCGAAGGGAGAAACCCUGUCCGCCUACGUUGGAUCGGGUCCACCAGAGGGAACGGGCCUCCAUCGUUACGUGUUUCUGGUGUACAAGCAAAACGGCAAGCUGUCCUUCGAUGAGCCGCGUCUGACGAACACCAGCGGGGACAAUCGAGGUGGAUUCGCUAUCCGUAAAUUCGCCGAAAAGUACAAGCUGGGUAACCCGGUCGCAGGCAAUCUGUACCAGGCGGAAUGGGACGAUUACGUACCGCUACUGUACAAGCAGCUGGGCGCAUAAAAUGGCCUCACGGUUCUGCAGCGAUGUGGCCGUUAAAUUGGCUUAAUUGGGAAGAACAAUGGCAAGGAUAGAGAAUACGUGCAAAAGCACCAAGUGUAGCAUGUUACGUUUUUAAAAGCACCAAUUGGAGAAACAAUCCAUCACGUAGAAACUGCUAGAACGGGCCAUUAGCAUGGACAAGGGGGAAAAAUCAAAAAAGAUUAAAAAUAAACUGCUGAUAAACAAACCGAGAGAGAGGGGUCAUAUGUUUGGUGCUUACUUCACUAGAUAACGCUUACUUCACGAUGCAAAGAAUGGAGUAUUGUCUUAAAUUAGACUACCAUUUUUCAUUUUCUUUCUAUGUGUAUUUUAGAAAAGCUAUACAAAACAUUAUGCAUUACGUCUUCAAGUGAACCAACGAGUGGUUUAGUUGAAUCGAUAGUUGAGAAUAAUUAAAGUGAUGCAACGCUAAUGUUUCUACAAUAUUUAUCAGUGAAAAAGUGAAGCCUGCGACAGUGAAAGGUUUGGUAGAGACUUGAUUCGUUC